AUGGAGCAGAAGGGCGCGUAUUUGGAGUUCUUCGAAACUUUCAAGUCCUCAGCUCCGAGAUCUGCGCCGAUGUUGAAGCGCGCGCACACCGCCUGGGAGGCUUUCGGAAAGCUCAUUGCAGGGCUGGGCGAUGCGAACCAGCUGAGGGACUCGAUGGAGUUCUGUGCUCUCCGACACAUGAGCGUGGCGUUGCAGCAGUCGGACGUGGACAGCUUCAAGUCUGUCCUCCUUGAGCUCUGCGGCAAGAAGCUCGGAGCCCUCUUGACGCCCGAGUUUCAGUUCGGCGUCUCCAUGCUCAUUGACUCCAUGGGCAGGACGAUGCUUCGCACCCGGACGAAGUUCGAGACACGGCUUCGCAUCCUUCGCACCAGCUGGGCGGCUUUGGAACAUACAGAGGGCGAGAAGAUAGACGUUGAUUCGCCAGUUUCUCCUGGCUCCCCUGAUGAGAAGGAGCCCGAGAGUGACGACAACGGACCUGUGACGGUCAGCGAGAAGUCCGGGGAGCGUAAGCACAGGAAGAGCUUGGGCAAUGCAGGAUCUGUUCAUGUGCCACGCUCCUUCCACGACAUGGUCCUUUUCAAUGCCUCUGUGAUGAACAUGAGCGAGAACCUCUGGUUCGAAGAAAUGCUCCAGUCUCUUCGAGCGCUCGUUCCAAAUUGUGGAAACAUCUCCAGGCUGCAGGAAGAGUGCGACCUGCUCUGCCUGGCUUUGGUCCACUUUGAACAGGUGGACCUCAACAAUUUCAAGCAGGUGAUGUUUGCUUCACUUCGCUCGCUACUGCCGUCACAAUGGAACAUGGAGCACGAGAAUGCAUGGUCCUGGUUCUGGGAUGGCGUGGAGCACAGGCUAACGACAGGCAUGCCGCUAUCUGCGGUGUACAUGAACCAUUUGCAGUCUUUCUUACGAAUGGAUGAGGAUGCCUGCUCGGCUUUCAAGAUGGAAGUCUUCGAGACUUUCUUCGCGACCUGCGAGCAGUCUCAAGAGUACCUCAAGGCAUCCAAUGCCAAGCUGCAGUUUAUUGCAGGAAGGAUCUUGGACAUCAUGACGGAUAUGUUCCGCAGCCCGCAGACGGCUGUGAAGGACAUCUCAGCUCUGGGUCUCCUCCAUGCCGGCUAUGGAGUCCGGGAAGAGCUCAUCCCACCAUUCGUCACUGCGUUCAUGACGGCCGUGAAAACUGCAUGCCCGGAGGAGAGCUGGCUGAAAGGUGUCCAGUGGACAUUUGAAGUAGUCAGCCGCACGCUCGCCCGAACGUUGGCUGAAGGCUCCACUGCGGUCAUGCGAGCAAUCACGAAAAACUCUGCUCGACAGCUCGAGGAAGCAGUGUCGUCAGCGCCCAGGGGGCAGCGAGAGCAGAUGCUCCUGCGCGUGCAGGUCGGCACGGAAUCCAUUUCACCCGUUCUCUGGGCCAUCCAAAGUGGCGCGCUACGCUCGGCAGAGGCUAUCCUGAAAGACUUGCUGACCAUCCGGGCCGACCGAGCGCGCUAUUACUACGGCAUGGAGGGCUUAUGGGACCGUCAUCCAGAUAUCGUCCCACUGCUUUGCAAGCAAGCGCCUUCCCUGAUGGAACACCUGCUAGACGGCUUGAUGUGGCGAUCGAAACAGAUCAAGGGAGGAAUGCGCAGGGUGAACUACUACAUCAGUCGCAUCUUGGUGACUGAAGAAGGGCGCCUCUCUCCAUCGAUGCAGCAGCUCGUGAAGCACGGAGAUCCCAACUUGCUUUGCCACCCGUGCACGCGCUUCGUCUUCGAUCUCCUCUGGGCCAGAAUGUGCUGCCUUGCCUUCAUGAUCACCAAGCUGUGGUUUGUGAUUACUCUGCUUGACUUCAUUGUCGGCUUACAGUAUGGCAUCCUCAUGUUCGACUCUGCCGGACCCGGAAGAUGGGCGCUGAUCAGCUGUCGACUCUUCAUGUACAGCUUCAGUCUGGGCCAACUGUUCAUCAAGCACACCGCGCAGAUCGCCAAAGCAUACAAGGAGCAGCGCACCCUACGAUGCUUCAGAGGAUUGAAGCUACCCUCUUAUCUUCUGUCUUCCAGGCAGGAGUUUGUGGAGUUCAUGCUGGCAGUUUUUUUGUUUGUCAUGCUGACGAUGGAGCCCUUCCUGCAUUGCCUGAAUGUUGAUGACCGAUUCGUCACCAACUGUUGCGAGCAUGGCGAGUUCUACUGCGCGCUGUCGGACAACUACGAUCGCAUCUCAACGGUUCCGAUGCUGUUGUACUUCGUCCUGGCCGCAGACCUCAUCCAUCUCAAUAUUCAUCUGUCCAGCUUCGUCGUCAUUUGUACGAGUCUUUGGUGGGAGUUUGUACUGUACUUGGGGGCAUUGGUCUUUUUGGCCACCGCCUUUGCCAGUGCCAUCGCCUGCUUGCCACAAACAGGGCCCGACGACAGCGUUCAGCUUCGUGACUUCUACCAUUGGCCGUCUGCCUUCCAGUCGCUCCUCUCCAUGUCGCUGAACAUGUACAGCGGGAACAACUUCGAAGAAAUCAGUGUCGCAACAGAAGUGCCCUUGAAGUGGUGGAUUAUCGGCUUUGGGGCUUGCUGGCACGUUUUCCUCACGAACCUGAUGAUCGCGCACUUCUGUGAGUCGUAUCGUGGAAUCUUUCAGGACGCCAUGGGCCAUGCGUGGCUCACCCGCGGCAAAGACAUCUUGGAGACGGCCAUGCCCUUGAUCUCUGCCAAGAAGUGGAAGGCUUUUGUGGAGUCUCUGAAGCUGGAGGAGCCAUGCGAGUUGGACGAGGGUGAUGUCGGGCCUCAUGGAGGGGUAGCCACUGUGGAAGGCCCCUUCGAGCACCUGAAGAGUCCCAGCGUGGAGUUGGACCGCGUGCAGCGCUUCGGCGGCCUCGCCUCCGUGGAGCUCCCCUGGCCCGAGGACAAGAGCGACAACGACGACAGCUCUAACGAAAAGCUUCAAAAGAUGACCCGCGCAAGGUUUGAUGAGCAGGACCGCAUGCUGAGGGAGAUUUGCAUCAAGCUGGGCAUUCGCGCCUCGGGGACUGGGACCGGGUCCUCUGCUGGAUCCAUGAUGGCCCACUCGCAGACGUCUGAUCGACCUCGGGCGAAACUGGAGGUGGUCGAGGGCUCUGGCUCCUUUGCGGCGGGAGAAGACACCAUUCCUGAAGACACCAGCGCAGAGCACAGCGAUGCCAGUGCCACGGAGUUCAUGGAGGGAGACCCGAGCCGUCACAACAGCAUGCAAAGCCCUCGAGUGUCGCACAUGUUCCUCUUUCUGGCCCUGGCGGACAAAAGCCGAACCAGCAAGACAAAAGCGGCAGCGCCCGAUCAAUUUGACUCCGCUGGGCUAGCGCAGGUAGCCUUACUACUACUUCUGCUCUUCUUGGGGGUGGCCGUCUUCACUUUCGCCAAGCCGGAAGAAGAGGAUUGGCAGAAGGAGAUUGAUGCUGUGAUGACAGAAGAGGAAUGGAAACGCAGUGAUGGGCCGUCGAUUUGCCAGAGGUGCGGGAUGCUCAUUUUGCAGGGCUAUUGCCAAGAGCUCGGAAGGACAACAUCUCGGAUCCCAAGCCAUCGCACGAGUCAAAAUUGCAGCGGCUGGAGAUUCUGA